AUCAGAAUGGUGGGAUCAUUUCCGGAUGAACAGAGCAGAACGACAACCAAUCACUUGGGAAGAGUUUACCGAAGGAUUCAAGAAGACACACGUACCUGUAGGAGUUGUUGCUUUGAAGAAGCGUGAGUUUAGGGCUUUGAAGCAAAAGGAUCGUACCGUGGCAGAGUAUCUUCAUGAGUUCAAUCGUCUGGCUCGCUAUGCUCCAGAAGAUGUGCGUACUGACGAGGAAAGGCAAGAGAAAUUCUUGGAAGGUCCGAAGGAUGAACUGUCAGUUAUGUUGAUCUCUCAUGACUAUGAGGAUUUUCAGGAGUUGGUUGAUAAAGCAAUUCGACUGGAAGACAAGAAGAACAAGAUGGAUAACCGUAAAAGGAAAAUGACUGUAUCCCAGGAGGCACAAGGUAGUAGCCAGAGGCAGCGUAUCAAGCCACUCCAAAUUGGUGAAUCUUUUUCUGCAGGUCAAGAACAGUCACAACAACAGUCACAACAGUUGGGCAUCAGUGGUGAGAUCAACUCAGAGACUAAUGCAAGCAAUGAAGACAAUGAUGAGCAAGCUACUCAAUCAGUGUCAUUUCAGCAGGAUCAGUCUCAAGAAGAUAACAGUAAUGGAAGGGAGCAUCGGGUGUGUUUCAAUUGUUAUGAGCCAGGUCACUUCGUAAAAGAGUGUCCGAAGCCGAAGCGUCAACAGCCACAAGGCCAAGUCAACAACAUUGUCCUCACAGGAGCAAAUGCAGUGCCGGUUGCGUCUCAAGGGAUACAGCUCAGCCAUCAGUUCCAAAGCAGCAGUAGCUUUCUUUAAAACCUUAGAAUAAUUAUUGGAGUUGUGGAAUAAAAGAUAGACUGUAGUUUACCUAUGCCUUUUUCUUUCUAGCCGUUCCGAAUCUCGGGAUGAGAUUCUUUGUAAGGGGGGUAGAUUUGUCACAUCCUGAUUUUCGUUUCAG